AUGAAAAUUGUUUUUUUGAUGAUUAGCUGCCUGACUUUUAUUCAAGUACUUUUCAUAUGGGUGACUUUUAUUUGUUGCCAAAGUGAUGUUUUAGCACGACAGCUCGGUACGAGUCAGGGCCACGUGUGCACAGGACGGCACUGGACAGACUACAGGUGGACAAAUGUCUCGUGUGUGAGGACGGCAGGUCUGGCAGCCAGUGGACAGAGAGCAGCCAUGUGUGAGAUGCUUCAGCUCCUGAAUUCAAACCGACCAAUCACAGUGACGGACAUGCAAAUCAGCGCCUGCGUACCACGCCCACAUUCACCAAACUACCAAUGGUUGGCGAGGUGGGCGGGGCGUGUAGGAUAACAGCGGAGCAUUCAAACUGAAUAUGGCUGCGGGUAAAGAUGUCGAGGAAAACACUCAAAAUAAAAGAGGUACAGUGUGCAGUAUGGUGAUCAGUCAUGAGGAGUCACCGGGGGGAUCUCGUGCUGGCCGACCGCCAGUCAUCUUCAAUCCGGAUUUUUUUGUGGAGAAACUCCGUCACGAGAACCCCGAUGUCUUCCUGGAGAUGGUGCUGAGUAACAUAACCCGCCUUAUCGAUCUUCCUGGCACAGAGUUCGCACAGCUCCUUGGUGAGGAGGGCCCUAAGACCCCAACAGGUGGUAAUGGAGGUUUCUUUCGCUCUUUCAACUUCCUCAAGCGCAAAGAUAAAGGCAUGGUGUUUGGAAGCCCGCUGACAGAGAGCUGCAUCGCUCAGAUCUACCAGCUCAUCGAGUAUCUCACCAAAAAUCUGCAUGUGGAGGGUCUGUUCCGGGUGCCAGGGAACAGUGUUCGGCAGCAGGCCCUGAAGGAGCUCCUCAACAGUGGGGCCGAUGUUGACCUGGAGUCCGGAGACUUUCACCCCAAUGAUGUGGCCACGCUGCUCAAGAGCUUCCUGGGAGAGCUGCCCGAGCCGCUGCUCACGCACCGACACUUCCAUGCACACCUGAAGAUAGCUGACAUGACUCUGUUCGAUGAGCGCGGCAACAAGACCGCGAUCCCCAACAAGGAGCGUCAGAUCGAGGCCCUGCAGCUCCUCUUCCUGCUGUUGCCUCAGGCCAACCGCUCACUGCUCAAACUGCUGCUGGAUCUGCUUUACCACACCGCCAAGCAGCAGGACAAGAACAAGAUGUCCGCCUCCAACCUGGCCAUCAUGUUUGCACCGCACGUCCUCUGGCCCAGACACAUGACGGCUGGUGACCUCAAAGACAACCUGAAGAAACUGAACAACAGCAUGGCCUUCCUCAUCAAACACUCGCAGAAGCUCUUCAGGGCUCCGCUUUACCUGCGGGAUUUUGCCAGAGUGCAUUUCACAGGGACCAGAGCUCUGCAGACCAAGGAUGAUCUGGAGCUGCUGGCGGCGGGCGGCUCCCCUGCUCAGCGCAGAGUGUUGCCCCUGAAGAGGACGGCGGUUGUGGGCCCCGGCUCUCAGGAGCAGUGCCAGUCACCAGCUCAGCAGUACACAGAGGAGGCUCUGAAGGAGCUCUUCAGACACGUCCACCACAACAUGCCGGACUCCGCCAAGAAGAAGAAACUCGUCCGACAGUUAGUCAAGCAGACGACCUCGGGGACGCCUACCGGUGAGCACCACCAGGCUCCCCCUGCUCCCAGCAAGAAACAUCCCCGGUCCCGGUCCUUCGGUGGUCUCAUCAAGCGAAAAGCUCGCGGCGAGCAGCUGACGGCAGAGAGGCGCAUCAGACACGUCUCACCCGAACUCGCCAGAGGAAAACCCGGGAAGGAGAACGUCUUCCUGACGGCGGUGAACAGUCCUUUAAAUGAUCCCGUGUUGGGGAAGGCGGGUCUCGUAGUGAAAAACCCAGACUUUACGUUCAAUAAGGACAAAGCCCUGAAGGUUUCUAAGCAGGACUCUCCCUCCGUGACCAGGAUGCGUUUCUCUCCUGCUCAGGAGAUCUCGGUGUGAAAGCUCCUCGUCUUCCUCCUCCUCGUCUUCAGCAGGACUUGGACAGUAUUAAUCUUACUCCUCCUCUGUUUUUGGUCGUUGUGUUUUCGUCGUCGUAAGUCUUUAUAACCGUGACUAACGGAUAGCAGCUGUAGUCCUGGUCCUGGCCAGAAGAGCCAAAGCAAAGCCAGGAAGUCUUCGUCUCGUCUUCUCACUGCUGGACGUCCAUCGAGACACGUGUGAGUGUUACAGAUUGGUGGCAGCCGUUCAGUCCUGCUCUGAGCUCAGUGUGAAGAUGCCUGAUUGAAAAUGAGCCUGCAGAUCAAUUAAGGCAUCAGUUUGUGAUCCCAAAAAGUAAAUAUGUUACUUUCAGAAAGUCCCACAUUUCUGUUCAUUGAUAUUUUGGGUAUUGGAUUAUGGAUCAGCCGAUCUGUGGGCCCACAUGAGGGAAAUGUUGUUUUCCAAUAACAUUGUUUUUUUAAAAAAUGUUUUUAUAACACAUAAUUGAGUUUUGGGAUUGAAUCUUCAUAGUUUCAAGUCUUUUCCGUUAGUGAUCUCUUUUUUAUGUUUUUCUUUUUUGUGAACAUGUGAGGUAGGACUGGAUGUGUGUGAUACGGCCACAGAUCAGAAUCACAGUAGCUUUACAUAACAACCUCGAUACGACGCUCUGCACGUGUAAGCAUUAACUCUCCCCACGCUGCACGCUGAUGUGUUUAAACACGACCUCCGCUCUGCCUGGAUGUGAGGAAGUCAAGCCGUUUGCUUUGGUUUGGCUUCGCUGGCUUCGACCUGCUCGGGCAAACUUAUCACACGGAGGUCCUGUUGUUGGCUCGUGCACCAGAAUCCGUGACCACGAGCAGACUGAGCUCCCAGUCUCAGUGCAGAAUAUUUAUACAUGUUGUUCUGUGUGUGUGUGUGUGUGUGUGUGUGUGUGUGUUUAGACUUACUGUGGGUUCAGUUUUUGAUACAUUAUGUUGAAUCUCUUUGGUUACUGGGUUAUCAUUUCUGCUGAUGCAGAAUCAGUGAGGAGGUCACUUUAUGUUGCAAAUGUUACAGGAUUAAAACAAGGUUUUAUUAAAGGAACAGUUCACCCAAAACUGAAACUCCAGGUGUUUAUCUACUGACCCUCAUGAACUAUUCCAUUAAUAACCCUGUUACACUCCCAGAUGGUCUCAUCAGACUUAAAAUAUUUUUUUAAACAUUUUUAUUUUUAUUUUACUUUAUCUGCAGCCGGAUGAUGGAAGGUCUGCUUGUUUUAAUGGAUGUGGUUGAGAAAUUUGUCAUGUUGGUGAUGAGGAAGCAGAGCAGUCACCUGUUACAGUCAGGUCCUCCUGAUGCGGUUUGUAUGUGGUCCAGUAUCUGAGGUGGACCCGAGUCAGGCACAGGAGGAACGUGUGCCAUCCCAAGCUGUUCAGACAGACACUUUGAAAAAGACUCAGGAUUUUUACGACUGUGUUUGUGUAAAGGGACAUUACGUCCUUUUAAAGGUGGAUUGUGACUGACAGUCUGACAGUCGGAUACCAACAUAAGGACAUUUGAUUUGACCCUACAUGGAGCGUAAACACACUUCUGAGGGUAAACCUGGUCCCUGUGUGUACACGCCUCGCUGUGUGACUGAUUCAAACUGGAUCCGGUCCAGCAGGUCACCUCAGCUGGCAGCCGUCACACAGCUGCGACGUAAUCCUCUGAGGUGACUCCGACCGUCAGAGUUGCGCCCACCAAACACUAAAUAUGCCUCUUUUAUUUAACAUUUUGGGUUUUUUUAACCAUUCACAGGUGUUUAACCAGAAACACGUUCUGAAAUCUGGCGAGCAGUGUGUUCUCGCAGUUCUCGUAUCUGUGUUGUUGAAAUAAGCUUAAUGUUCAGCCGUGAGUUUUGCUAAACUACAAACUCCGACUGUGACUCUCGUCCCUGCAGCGCAGCUCGCCUGUCAUGAGACUUCAGGGCGACACUUCGUAGUGUGCAGCGCUCGGUGGCUUGACUUAACUGGUGUCUGCUCAGCUUGUUGUGAGGUGAGGACGAUGCACCUGGUUUUCUGGUGGGGUGGGGGGGAUCAGUUCUUGGUGCAUCUUGUUUUGAAGGCGUUGUGGAUGUCGUAACGAUGGCGGUGUUGAACAUGGCGGACGUGUCCGGUGCAGAGCAGCAGUGAAGAGCCUCUCCUCCGACUGUUUUACACUGUGUCCUACUUAUUGUACAUGUGCUCUAUGCGGGGCUCUUUGAAAUAUCUCAUUUUUAAUCAAUGUGACUGAAUUCGUUGCAGCAGAGAAACGAUCCUUCUGAAGCUGUUUUCUCCUCAAGUCGUCUCCUUGUCUUUCUCGGUUCUCGGCCGACUGCAGCGUGACAAAGCAGCUUCAGUGGAGAGCAGAAUGGGAUUCUCUUGUAUUUAUUGCUCUUUGGGGAACUAAAACGUCUUUAUGUGAAUGAAACUUAUGAGCUGAAUUUAAGGUACUUUUUUUUUUUUUUCCUUUAGUUUACAGACGAGAUCUGCUAACUUGUUGUAUGAUGUGAAAUGCUGUUUUGUAUUUGAAACGCAGUCUGUUAGUGUUUUGUUGUUCUCUUUACGUUACUGUGAAACAUUUAGUGAACUGGUCUCUGCUCUUGUGGUGUACGUGGUCACCGACGAGCUCCUGUGGAAAGUGUGAGAAUGACGGAUGAAAGUUGGCGGAAUUCCCCUUUUUUAAACUUUAGCUGAAUGGUUGCACCUUAAUUUCUUUGUUAGACGUGAAGUGAACAUCACUUCUACACACUGAACUUUCCUCAGGUUGCAGAGCAUCGGCUGCACCUUCGGUCGUCUCGGCACACCUGUUCCACUGUCAUGUGACUGCUGCACCGUCUGGUUUAACCUGUGGUAACCCCUGUGUGUAUUUUAGUGUAAAAUAUGUUGUCCCUGUACAUUGGAUUCCUGGGCGAUCCGCUUUGGAUUAAAACUUUUGAUGUUUCCUACA